CACCUCACCCACUCACCCACAUCCAACAUCCCACCCAUUCCCAUACCCAUACACGACUCGCGUCCCGUCAUCUCCUCCCUGCUAAAAGCCCAUCAUCUCUCCACCACUCUCUUAUCCCCCUCUUCUUCCUCUCCCUCUCCUCUACUUCACAGGAUUCAUUCCAUCCCAUCCACAGCCCCAUUCUUCAAACCCUUUUACUUCACAGUACAUACACCAGUACUCACUAUUUGCUUCAUUUCUCCAUCCAAACAACACAACUCCACCGUACCCAUUGUUCAUCCCGAUUCCCCUUACUUAGCAUCACCAACACUACAAGUUACAAACGUCCACUACCGCCAUGGACGACUUCAAAAACAUGGACUACUUCCAAAUGCUCGAGCACGCCAAACAGGAUUACUUGCGACGCAACGCACACCUCACUGAGGACCAAAAGCAACAGCAAUGGCAAGACCUUUCAGCAGAUCUGCUGCCAGGAAAUGGACUCAACUUCUCCACUCCACACGUCCCCCGCUCCAUGCCACCCAUGCCCUACGGCACACCAGCUGCACCAGCAACGACAUCACAUUUCAGCAGAAGCGUCUAUUCGGACCCCAUCGACGUUUGCAACCCAAUGGAUCGCACAGUUUCCGCUCCCCUGCCAGUCUCCAUGGGACGGUCACCAUCCUCUCACGGCAACUUGGACAACGUCCUCCGCCGAACAGCAUCCGCCAUGUCUCCAAAUACACGACAAUCCGACCAGCUCAUGAGUGACUACACUCUCACCUCUAACAUCAACGCAGCCUCAAACCCUUUCCCGCUAUCAAAGACAACUGACUGCGUCGAGUAUUCUCUCGACGAAUACUGCUCAAUCCGCAACCCCCAACAGCAGCAGCAGCUGUCACCAUACCCCUCCCCCCAGUCCUUCUCCCCCUUCACAGAUCAAUCUCAACUGAUGACAAACAUGCAGUGGAGCCCAGCAAUGACUGAUGGCUCCAUAUCGCCGGGUCCUUCGUCUGGAAUGCUCACCCCAGCUACUAUGUCAGAUAGUAACAUGGGUGGGCACGACGGCACGAACCCGCAAUAUCUCGAUACUUUUUCUAUGUUGCGUGUUCGUUCAGACUCUUCCAAUAUCUUGCCUAUCCUCCCAGAGGAUGGUUCUCAAUUUCCUUUCUUUGAUUCUAGUUCGAAUUACGGCGCAUGUGCCGAUAAUUCUCCUGUUUUCUUUCCUUUCACUCCUUCGAGUGAAAGCUUUCCUUCUGCACAUUACGGUUCAAGUGUCCCGGCACUUGAAUCAAUUGGGGAACACAGUGACCUGGCGGAGGAUAUGAGGAGGUCUGUGUCAGCUCGUAGCGACAACAACGGAAGCUUCGCUUCGUCGUCGUCCACUAAAUCCCGCUAUCUUCAGCGGGACGACGAGAUCAAGGCAAACGCCUCUCGCAAGAUCGCCCCCAGGGUGAUCGAGCAAGGCAAGCCGGCAUCUACUCCAUCAAAAAUUCAGAUGGGGUCCGUCACUACAUCAUCGGACCGUGUGUCCAAGAACGUUGCUGCCAUCACUAAACAGUCAUCAUCUUACACCCGACCCAAGCAUCCCAAGAUGGUGUGCUCAUCGUGCCCUGGGCAGCCCGAGUUCAGAGGCACGCAUGAACUCGAAAGACACAUCGCUCGCAAGCACAACAAGUCAAGAAAAGCUUUCAUCUGUAUUGACACUUCGUCCGACAAGAAGUUCCUUGCCAACUGUAAACAAUGUCGUAACGGCAAGGUCUACGGGGCUGACUAUAAUGCGGCCGCACAUUUGAGGCGCAAGCAUUUCUACCCUCGCCCUCGAGGAUUGAAGGGCAAGCCGACCGAGAAGAGAGGUGGAAUCGGCGGCGGUGAUGACCCUCCAAUGGAUGUAUUGAGGAAGCACUGGAUCAGAGAGAUCGAGGUUGAAGGACGUGAGACAGCCACCUUGGCGGCUGACUCGACGCCCAACAACGCCCUCCAGACUUCCGACUACGAGACUGCAGAUGCAUCAUACUCGUCAGACUCUUCAAUGGGUACGGCCAUCAACUCGGGUGCCAACGCAUCGUUCAGCGCGAUGAUGCACUCUACAUCCUUCAACGACCCGAGCAUCCUGACCAACGACAUGUUUGAGUUUGACGCUUAUGAGCGUUCGACACGGGGAUGAACUAACCACGCAUGUGCCUUUCUUCUUUUCUCUUCUCUUCUUCGUUGUACUUAGUUUAGUUUCAUGGCGUUGGGUUUGCAUACGGCUGCAUGUCCGAAUCGUUUUCACUUAUAGUGGCGAGGACUUCAUCUAUUUUGGCGUUGCGGGCUCGCUUGAAGCAAGCGGGAGGGGGAACCUGCUUGGUUACGAUAUUAUGAGCGAUGUGCAUUGGAUUUCGAUUUAUUGAGUUUAAGAUUUGGCCUUUACUCUGACGUCGCCAAUUUCUCUGACGACGCGUAUCUUUUACUUUUACUUUUUCUUCUUCUUCUUUUCUUCUUCUUGGUACUGCCAUUGUUAAUUUGGUACCACCUUAUUGUAUGUAAUCACGUUGCUAGCUCUCCUCAGGCCGGCUUCUCUAGCUAUGAUAUCAUCGCUAGAAUCCAAAACAAAACGUUCACAGU